UUACUCCCAACUUUGCUGCUUGUCUACUUUUUGGAAGACUCAAUCUGUUUGUCAAGCAGGCUGAUCCUUCUCUGUUGCUUUACUGAUGCCAGGUAGCAAAAACUAGUUGCCGGCUUCCAUACCCUUUGGGAUAUGUAAUUAAGCAUGCUGCUUCAACACAAAAGAUGAACCUUAAGGCCUUUUCAGACACAGAGCACUCAACCCAACUGCUGCAGCAGAGUGAGAUCUGUGCCACCAUGGCUAGAAGAGGGAUUUAACACUUGCAAAAAGAAGAAGUGUUAGCCCAGGAAGCGGCAGUUGUCCUGCAUUGGGUCCUCCCAGGUAAUUUCAAAGUAUUGCCAAUGGAUGAACUGGUGCAUGACUUGGCCUCAGCAUUAGAGCAGACUUCAGAGCAAAACAAACUGGAUGAGCUAUGGGAAGAGAUGGCCCUAAGCCCACGGCAGCAGCGGCGUCAGCUUCGCAAGAGACGGGGUCGUAAACGACGCUCAGACUUCGCACAUCAGGCAGAACAUGCCUGCUGCUACAGCGAGGCCUCAGAGUCAAGCUUGGACGAAGCUGUCAAGGAUUGCCGUGAGGUGCUGACAGCUAAUUUCAGUGACUCUGAUGACAUGACAGUGGUCAAACGGCAUCCAGCUCUUAGUGCCACCCUGAGGAGCAAGCAACACUUGUGGCAUGAGUCAGACUCUUUUACAGAGAAUGCACCCUGUCGACCUCUCAGGCGCCGACGGAAAGUCAAACGUGUGACAUCAGAGGUGGCUGCCAGUCUCCAGCAAAAGCUCAGGGUGUCAGAGUGGAACUAUGAGAGGGGCUGCAGGUUCAAGUCAGCCAAGAAACAGCGUCUUUCACGCUGGAAAGAGAAUGCCCCUUGGACAUCAUCCAGUCAUGGCCUUUGCGAGUCAGGAGAGAACAGGCCCUUCCUCAGCAGCGGGGGAAGGAAGGAGCGGAUGGAGUGUGAAGCCGAUGAUCAGAAACAGGGUUCAGAUGAAAACAUGUCGGAAUGCGAAACCAGCAGUGUUUGCAGCAGCAGUGAUGCUGGCCUGUUUACCAAUGAUGAAGGCCGCCAAGGAGACGAUGAGCAAAGUGAUUGGUUUUAUGAAGGAGAGUGUGUUCCAGGAUUCACUGUCCCCAACCUUCUUCCCAAGUGGGGAGCUGAUCACCGAUCUGAAGUGGAGAGGAUUGACUCAGGCCUGGACAAGCUCCCUGUUUCCACCUUCCUUUUGCCCUCACAGCCAGCUCAGAGAGGAUUUCAUGCUCGCCUGAAUCGCCUUCCAGGAGCUGCUGCCCGUUGUGUCCGUAAAGGUCGGAGGAGGCUGGUUGGCAAGGAGACCUCCAUGAGCACUCUGGGCACCGAGAGGCUAGGUCAUAUUGUUAGUGAUCCACGCCAGAAAGAUUUUUGGUUACCAUCCAUGGGGAAGAGAGAUCGCAACCAGUUCAAUCCAUUAUCUCCUCUGUACUCUCUGGAUGUGCUUGCUGAUGCUUCCCACCGAAGAUGCUCACCAGCACACUGCACUGCCAGGCAAGCAAAUGUCCACCUGGGACCACCAUGUUCAAGGGACAUCAAGAGGAAACGAAAGCCAGCUGCAGCCUCCAUAUCUAGCCCAACAUCAGCAACUUUAUCUGUCCACAUGGAUGCAGCAGAAUCAGAGCUACCAGCAACACCUUCCUUGAGAUCCCAGAACUCUGAGUGGACUGGGAAAACACCAGCAGCUGAGAAAUCUACUAUUGCUGCCUCCAGUAACUUUUUUAAAAUGCCAUCAGAGAAGAGCCCUGGAUACAGCUAAAAGGAAACAUUGCAACUGUAAAGGCUUGCUCGAUUUUAGAAGUGUUUGAUUCUGGUGUUUGUCUGCACCAAACAUCUUGUUUGGAAGUAGUGGUAUCUCCAGUAUUGGUGCAUGAUGUGUGCCAUCAUCCAGGCUGGUCUGUGUGCCUCUCACACCUAAAUCAUCUUUGUGAAUCCAUGUUUAAGAAAAGGUAAUCAGUGUUGGGACUGCAGUGGCUUUUAGAAAUUUUCCUGCUAUCACUGUAUUUAUUAAGAAUUCAUCUCUUUCCCUGAUUCCAGCUCAUGUAAUGGGUCAUGUACAGGUUCUUUUGGGUUUUCAGAUCUUUCUUCACCCCCUGGACAUGCUGCUUGUUUGUGUAUUUGGCAUUUUUAGGGUGAAAGUCACACUGCCAUUCAGGGAGGCAGGAGUCUCCCUCUGCUUGCUUCCAGACCAGAAGGAUUUCUUGGCUGGGGAAUGAGGAGGGAAUAUUAACCCAUUGGAACAUGAAACCUGAAUCCUGUAUUAGCAGAAUGUUUUCUGGCCAUGUGAUAGACUCAAAUCGUGUUAAUUCUGGCAAAGCAAAUAUGGUGCUUUUCUAUGUAGAAAUUGCCAUUAGCUCACUGGCAGCAUUGUCCAUUCGACCUUUUCCUUCUCCCUUGUUCUGAAUGUCUUCAAUCUUUAUUGUGUAUUGCAUGUUCAUUCCUAAACCUCCUACUGGAUAAGAAUUUGGGAGAACUACUUGGACAUAAAUGUGCAAGCUGGUGUCCUGGAUAGAAAUCUGGACCCUUGAAUACUAUUGCAGUAUGGUAGAAGAUUAUUCAAAACAUCCAUAUCUCAGUGUAUAAAUUAAAAAAUACUCGUUAGUGUUUCUAAAGGAUGCUUGUUGAAGUUAACAUGCCAUUGAACAAAAAAAAAAAGCCAUUUAAAGUGUCACCUGAGUUCACAGUGUUACAGGUAUAGAUCAGACUCCUGUAUCAUGCUUCCUCUCCCUUCAAAAAUAUUGUCUGCUGUACCUACUGGAGAUGGAUCCACCUGCUGAUGAUUGCACAUUACACUGCAGUGUACACUAAAGAGAUUCUCUUCACAGAACUUCCACUUGGUCUGCUGUUACCUUCUGUGUUGCUGAAUAUAUGGACAGGGAUUUCUUCCCUCUCUGUAAUAACUCUGGAGCUUAUCCUGGACUGUGUUUUCAGAAUAUGUACCUGUAUAGCAUGUACCAAGGAACAGGUGGCCUCACAGCUUCUCAAGUCCUUCGAGUCCUAUUUGUAUGAAUAGAAUUUUUUGCUUUCCUUAUGUGGAGCUUUCAGACAGGACUGUUUAAACUUGUAAAAUCUGUUUUGAUUGUGGCAGUGCAUCUAGCACUCUUAAGCAGACAGCAAAAUUUGCGCGAUUUUACUGAUUUUGCAGUGUUCUGUUCUCUUAUGAGUCAAAUGACUGAGGGACAGAUUUGAUUGGGGGAAUAUGAAGCAGUGAUUUAUAUUAGCUGUGUUUUAAAAGGGGAAGUGGUCGUAAUAUACACGAAACAGAAACUGAAUGACUUGCUAAAUCAUGAUUGACAAAUAUAGGUAGUUAUACGACAUGCACACUGUGUCUGAUCCCCUAAUACCUACUUAAUCUUGGGGAGACAUCCAAAUUGGAUUUAUAUUUUGCAGCACAAGCAAACUGUCAGAUCUGUCACUAUAAAUCCUUCUCAAAACUCUUUUUUUUUUUUUUUUUUUUUUUUUUUAGAUUUUCUUAUUUGGGUGGUACAUUUUAGAAGUAAUUAGAACAGGGAAACCCUUUUUGCCUUAAUGACGGAAUACAGAAGUCAAUUUGGAUUACAGGACAAGCUGUAAUAGUUUAUAAAGGAAGAAGUGUUCCUUUUUUAAAGUUGUCAUGGCUUUGUCUUAUUUGUAGCUAUUUUGAACAAUGAUGCCUAAGGGGUAACACAGGAAGCUUCAGCACUGGAAGGCCUGCAAUCUAAAACACCUGAAGAGAAGGUAAACAUGAAGAGUAGUAGCUUGACUGUCUAGUACUCAUGAAUACAGUGAAUGGGAAAGAUGAUAAUGUUCUCCUGGCAAUUUGCAGAUAAAAUUUAGGAUUUGAAGCCUUGUAAUCUAAACUGCAUGCUGCUCUAAUGAUAAUGAGUGGUUCCCAAAAAGAGGAUUUGUGAAAUUGACUGGUUUUGAUCUUGUGGAGUAUCCUCCACAACCUCUCUGAGUCUGUUCAACAGACUUACUCAGAUUACUGACCAUUCAGCUUUAUACAGUAAAUACAAUUAAUUUUAUUUACAUACAAUUUUAGCCAUUGUAUUCCCUUUUUAAAAUCAAUUUUGAUAUAUUGUGCUACAUUCUGAGUAUUCUGAGUAUUGUCCAAAUAGUUUUUUCUCUUCUGUGAUGUCAGGAUGCUUUAAAAGCUUUUUCAAGAAAGGUGUUAGGGAAUCAAGAGCCUUCAUCUUAUUGUGGUGGUAGAGGGGUGGGUUGCAAUGCUUCAUGUGAUUUUUCUCUGGGUGCAGGGAGGGAGAAUUUAUCAUAUAAAUAAAUCACAUAAAAUCACAUAAAAAGAGGAUUUGUGAAAAGGAUUUGUGAAAAGGAUUUGUGAUAAUGAGUGGUUCCCUAAAAGAGGAUUUCUGUCAUGAUGGAUUUAUGAUUUUAAGGUACAGUAACAAGUGGAGAAAGCAGCAAAACAGGAGCUGAAGAGAAACUUGUUAGAGGUUGGGACUAGUGCUACUGAAUGAUAGAUUAGCUUUGUGAUUGUGGUAUGCAGAGGUGUGUCUUGCCAGCAUCAUUCUUGACUAAUGACACUGAGUAGGUUAGAGCUGUCCUUCAAACUGUAGAUGCUCUUGCUGUUAUUUUGUAGAUGUUGUGGAGACCUGCUUAGUGGGCUGAGGAUGAGAAGGGGAAUUGUAGGAAGGGCAACAAGAAGCAUGAUGAAGUGCCUCUUUUAUUGUAACCCCUUCUAUACUUCAGAAGGAAGAUGCUACAAAAAACAGUAUAGUGCCUAGAUAUUGAAAAGAAAUUUUGUGAAGUGGAUAAGAAUGUUGCUUCAUUGUCUUGAGGAACAGUUUGUAACCAGAGAAUUUUUCAGUGAAGCAAAAAGUGACGGAUGCUACAUUUGUUCAGAAAAUGUAUUUUAAUGGUCUGUUAGGAGACUGUCAAAGGAAGAUGAACUUCUGUUCUCAUUGUGAUACUUCAUUUCUGUGUCUUUGCUUCCUGUGUUCUCUUCCAGUUUGUGUUUUGUGAUUGCGACAUCCUUUUGUACCAUCAAAUGCAGGAAAAAUACUUUACAGUAACGCUUCUUAAGGCAUGCUUGCUAUACAGGAGGUAAAACAAGAUUAUCUUAGGCCAUUAACUUUACCCAGUAUGUGGAGCCUUCCCAUUUACACCUUUCAGUACAAGGCUUGAACUCAGCACAGAGGACAUAAUGGCUUAAUUAUACCAAAGCAUCUCUUUUUAAGAGAGUGAAAAGUGCCACAGGCAAGUUCAGGGAGACUAAAUUGGCACCAGUGCCUUGAGACCCAUGUGUGGCUGGGCCUCAGUCACCUGACAUAUAAUACAGAUUUACAUUGUAGAGACAGAAGGAACUUUCAACAUAAUUCUCAACUUCAGUGUGGCUAGAAUGCCUUCCCAUGCAAAUGUGGCUGUCACUGUGAGUCCAGUGAGCUGAAAAGAUGUGCUCACUGGCAUACUAUGUAAAGAGAAUUCUUGUACCAACUUAAAGAAUUGGUGAAACUGGAAAAUGGACUGGUACAGCCUGUUGUAUCAGAGAAAGAUGCAAAAUAUAUAUAUUUGCAGACAAUAAUCAAGAAAAGUAUUGCUGAGCCCUGUGUGUUAUGAGCUAGAGUAUUCUAUGUCCUAAAGCAGAGAUGCCAGUAUUAUGAGGAUGAUCAGGGUUUUGCAAAGCUGCCCUCUUGUCCUUGUAAACUCUGAAGGAACUGGGAUGAACAGCAUGAAAAAUGCUGUACUGUGUCAGACCAAAGGUCUGCUCGUCUUGGUAGUCUGUCUCUCACAGUGACCUGGUUUGCCUACCUGCGGGGUACUGUAAAGAUAAAUUAGUAAUAUAGUGAUACUUUGUUUUUUAGUGUUCUCUUAGCCCAGCGUCCUGCCUCAGAAAGAUAUACAAACUUUCUUUGAGGCUGGAGAAAACAUUUUUGAACUUUUGCUUGUAGUAUUUAUCCUGCAAUGGGAUUUAAAUAUAUUUUUACAAGGACACAUCCUGAUGAUGAAAACAUCAAGUAAGGAUUAGCAUAUCUUUGUUUAUAAUCAGUUUUCUUAUUAAUUACUGUCUUUAUAAGUAAAUAGCGUCUUCUCUUGGAAUAUUUUUUUCUUAAUAUCAACAUCCUGACAUUGUUUCUUACCAUGCUUUGUUUUCAGCAAGGUUGAAAAAUCUUGUUCUUUCUUUACAAUGAGGCUUUUUUGACAUGCAUUUGUAUGCCCAGUCAACAAGUCCUAUGUAAUCCACUAACCCAUAUAAAUCAUUUUUCAUAAGCUUCAUACUAUAAAACUUGUCAUUUAGUUGUACUCCUGCAUGAAAAUCCCCAGUAUUCCACAUCCACAUGGAUUCAGUUCUAGUGUCUAUACUUAAAGUAUUCUUCAGAGUUACAGAGUAACUGUUAAGAGUCACUUAUGGUACUCCUCAUAGAGUGUUCUAAUAUUGCUAUUCAGGCUUCAUAUACUCAUAUAGCCAAAUAUGCUGCUAGGCUUUGCUGCCCAAACACUGCUGUAACGCUACCAUAGGAGGUGGUAUUCAGGCAGUUGAAUUUAAAGUUCUCACCACUGCUUUUCAAUGUACAAGGUCCUAUAAAGUUAGAUUCUUUUUUUUUUAAUUCAAAAAUUUAUUGCAUUUCCUUUAGCAGUAUUAUAGUGCAAUUUUAUACCAAUCGUAUUUAUAGUUUGCAAUACUUAAGAGCUCAGUCUGUUUAGUUUUAUCAGAAGAUCAGAGGUGUCAUGCCUGUGUGGUAUUGGAAAUUCUAAGUAAUAAAGCAUCUUUUGUCUUGCAGACGGGCAUAUAAAUGAACUUGGACCUAAAGCCUAGGCUGCCUAGAUUGGUGCAUGUGAGAUUUCAUUGCUGGAGGCAUUUCUAAGAGGGCCAUGAUCUGAAACUGGUCUAGCCUGACCAGAGUCCUUGGGCACUGCUAAAGUCCUUGAAUUUUCCCUCGGGUUUUGACAACACCAGAUAGUGAGCAAAGCUACCAUCAGUUGCAUUUUAGUUUCCUCCUACUGUCAAAGAGGCCUCUCCUAGAGACAGCUCACAAAAGGUCUACUCAAAGUCUGUGAAGAGCUGCCUUGUGCAUGUCCCAAAUAUUUUAUGAGGUCAUAAGAUUUAACUGUUUGAUAGGGGUUGGAGUCUGGGUUCUUGGUACUCUUAUUUUAAGGGUAACAUGUAAAUAAGAAAGAUUCCUGCUUGUAUUCCUCUGUUUUAAGUAAGACGUGUAGUCUCUGAAUGAGGCUCUUGCAGAAUCUCUGUUCUGAUUAUAGAAACUGGAAAUAAAUCAAUAUAUGAAAGAAG